AUGAAAUUGAAAGUUAUAUCGCUAAUAUGUUGCAAUCAACGCAGUUAUCUUGUCUGCCUUACUAUUGCACCAGCCUUCUUCGGAGCGGCGAUUUAUCUCUGUUUGGGUCGAAUAAUCAUUAUACAAGAAGGCGAAAACAUAUCACGCAUCAAGCCUCGGACAUACACGAUCAUAUUUGUAACUUGCGAUGUGAUCUCUUUGAUAUUGCAAGCCGCAGGAGGUGCAAUCACGUCUUCUGCUGAAGACAGUGUGGUUCGAAACGAAGGGAUCAAUAUCAUGAUUGCAGGUCUCGCAUUUCAAGUUGCUGCCAUGGGUAUUUUCAUGGCCUUUGGCAUUGAUUUUACAAUCAGGUCAAAUAUACGAUCGGUUAGGCUCAAAGCCACCGGUUCACACUGGUUACCCGAUCCAGAAUUUCUCGACAUCAGGGCAAGUCGAAAGUGGAGAUUAUUUUUGAUUUGUAUCCCUACCGCCACCAUCACUAUUUUCAUUCGAUCUUUCUUCCGGGUCUUCGAGCUGAAUGGUGGGUUUGAAAGUAGUCUGGCAAAUAAUGAGCCUGUUUUAAUGGUGCUAGAUGGAGCUAUGGUGUCAAUUGCUUGUCUAUGGUUAACCAUUUUACAUCCUGGAGUUGCUAUCGGAAGACGGUGGAACACCGUCAAGUCAAGAUCUGGACAAUCUGAGUUAAAUUAG